UGGCAGCUCCGAUUUUUUGAAUGGUAGCGUAUUCAUUUCUGUCAAAGACAUUUAAAAUUGUGUUUAGGUUCGUGAAUAAUUGUAAGUAGAAAAGUUUCUUGUUAAUAUUUUGUAACACCGAAUUUGUGCGGCUGUUUGAGGGAGCCAGAAAUUAAUUUGUCACCUAAUGGACAGAGCCAUGGAUGAUGUGGAGUCAUAUUGCAGCAGUGAUGAUGAAGUACUGUAUGGGCCCAUCACAAAGAAAGAAAUUAAAAAGACUUUAGAACUGAGGAGACAGACAAAGAUACACAGACCAGUCUCAGAGUAUGUCACUCAGUUCAUGUGCGGGGAUGGAACUCCAGGCAGCACCUCUGCAGGUAAAGAAGAGACACGACGGAGCCUCACCGUAACUUUGCAACGUCCCAGAUGCAAAGAAAAUCUGACAGAGAUGUGGAAGCACAGAAGUAUCGAGAUUCUGUUGGAUUGUGAUGAGAAUGAUGACAGUGGAGAAGCAGAGACCUUAGCGCCUCCGCCAAGUCCUGAUCUUAGGUAUAGUGGUUCUCCAUAUCCUACCCCCAGCCAUCCUCACCAACGGCUGUGCAGCAGCCUCAGGGGAAUUGCAGAAGAAGAAGGAUGUGGAGGUGGAGUGAAGAUGCAGAGCACCCCAGUGCAUUUGUCUUUCUUGCCCAAGUAUUCAGAUGCAGAGCAGUUUGGAGAAUGGAGUGACAGACACGCCCUCUCAUAUUCCUCUGUGGCAUCAGAUGAAUCAUUGUCAGUAUUGUCAAAACUGAAUGAUGAUUUAUUGGAUGAUAUGUCAAGACUGUCAUUAGUACCAGUGAUGUCUCGCAAAGAGACUCUGAAAACAAGCACCUUUUCAGGUGAGAUGCCGCAAGUGUCAGAUGAGGACACGAAGAUACGAGGUAUACUGAUUGAGAAGAUGGAGCAGCAUGUGGCACAGACCCAGCGAUUGAGAGCCACCAAGAAGCAGACUACCAGCGUCCUUGAAGAUUGCAAGAAGCCAUUAACAUUUGAAGCUGAAAUUGAUGACAUAAUAAUUUUGAAUGAUGUUCAAAAUGACUUUUCACUGAAUGAAGAUAUUCCUACCAACCAAGAAGCAGAAAUAUUGAAUGAUGAUAAUUUGGAAGUCACCUCAAGUGGAUCUGAAUCAAGUGUUGCAAAUUAUCAAGCACUAAAGCCUGACACUCCUGCUACUGGUGACAAGUCAGAAGGCUAUCGGUUUUCAAGAUUGAUUCCUGAAAGAGAAUUUGCUUCACUAGUGAGAGAUCAUGAUGAUAUAUUGUGUCAGAGCAUUUUUCUUGGUGACCCUGAAUUCCGUAAUGAUAGACAAGAAGUUGAUGAGGCAAUCACUGCUGUGGAAUCUCAGACAAGCAAGGUUAGCAUCGCUCAUGACCACGAGCUGAACGAUGCAUCAUUCACGGCUCCUGCUAGACCACCCUCACCAGAAUUUGAUAUUGAAAUGCCAGAACACAAAGCUUUGCUGCCUAGCAGCUCCUCACAUAGUUACGUUGCAGCCGAGUAUUCACUGAUUUCUGAAGCUGAUGACUGUUUGGAAAGAUCUGCAGCGGAUGAUGGUGAGAUGGAAGCGUGUGACAGGAACUGCGCUGCCGUCGGUGCUGAUGAGGAUGGAGGGUUUCUGUCUGUGCUGUCUGAAGCUGCUCUCUAUCAUGCCUCUCUGAAGCACACGGCUGGUCACAGUGUGGGACUAACAGAAAGCACUGCCAUGUGUUCUGAAUGUACUCAGGAUGUAUUGCGCUGUGCAUGUGCGGCUCCUGCCGUUCUGUCCAUAUCCAAGGAAUGUGAUGGCGUGGAAGUGCAUUUGGAGCCUCUUCCCCUGCCUGAAGCUUCUGGUGAGUCUAGAGAGGAGAGACGAGGCCAGGAGGAGUGUCCUGGAAGGGACGUCAGCAAGAUGGGCACUGAUGAUGGUAAUGGUAGUUCAGUGUCUGUUAGUCAAGAGGGCUCUGUGCUUAACAGUAGCUUGUGUUCACAUGUGGGGUCAUGUGGCCGAGAAAUGGAUGCUAGCAGCGAUCUUAAUGACUCUGACAGGAGGAAUAUUGGGGACACGAAGAACUUGGAGUCACAUUCUGAUGAAGAAGGGUUUCAUGAUACUCUAGAAGAGAUGGAGCUCCUGUUGAAGUUUGGGAUGGAGUACAUGAUGAGUAGUAAUGAUGGGGAGUACCUUAGCAUGACAGGCAACCAGUCUCUUAGUCACAGCGUGUCGACUCCAAAGAAGCCACUUGGUGAGAUGUUGGAGUUAGAAGAUUUUGGAGAUGCUAUAGAUCAAGUUGAGAGCUAUUACAGUCCUGCAGAUUGUAUUGGGACCUCCUGCAAGGAUUGCAGUGUUGCUGCUGAGGCAUGCGUCUCAACUGUUUCAGACCAGAAUUCUGUUAAAACUGUGUCAGCAAGUGAGACAGGUGAGAAUGUGUUUCUGAAACCACCAACUACACCUCUGAGGAAGCCCCACUAUAAACUGCAGGCUGUUGUCUCACCAACUCUGAAGAGCAACAAACCAAGUCCUUUCAAAAUUCCAGUAAAGCCAGUGCUUCAUAGCACACCUGUUCAGAAGCUGUUGCCUCCCAGAAGCACCAAGAAGAGCCCAUUGAAGCCAGUUAUGACAAUGUCACCCUGUAGAAGGCCUGUGAACUAUAACAAGAUUGUAAGUCCUGUGGGAGCUUACAUUCACAACACACCGUCCCCAUCACUGCUCGCCACUGUGAAGCCAAAGCCACUUCAUACAGUAACUGCAAAGGGAACAUUGGUGGGCAGAGGUGCCGCUGCAAUAGAAAGACAGGAUCCUCUCUCUGGGAUUCAGAAGACAUCUUUGGAGGUUCCACGCAAACUGGACAGCAAGGGCCGAGAGAAUGUGGACACCAGCAACAUCCGUCCUGUUCUGCCCCUCGUGUCAUACGAGAGUGUGCCAUCAGUGAAACUGGAGGAGCCACAGCAGGAGAGAAUGCCACGUCUGAACGAGAAGAUGAAGAGGCUGGUGGACACUCCGAAACCCCACGUUUUCCGGCAUGAGGGUCGCGUGAAAGUUACGGCCAGUCCUCGCACUCCGAAUGUGAAGGUUACCGGCACAAAGAAGCGUGUCACUGAUUUUGACAGCAGCUGUGUGGCUUCUAGUGAUGCUGAUGGGGAAAUAUCAGUUGUUGUCAGUAAACAGGUUACAAGAACCAACACCCUGGGCGUCUGAUUGUCAUUAUGAAGCUCUGCUUGUGACAUUUAUCUUAGGUUGCAGGUUUUCAUGUGGUUUAUGUAGUUUCGUUAAUCCGGUUUGAUGUUAUGAUUGAGAUGGUAAGACUGAGUAAGCCAUUGUGGGUGAUAUGAUGUAUUUAUGCAACUAAAUUUUGAUCUACCAUAACAUGUCUGGGUUAGGAUCGUGAAAAACACAAUUUUAAUUGAAAAGAAACAGCAAAAUAUUAUUUCUCAUAAAAAUUGUCAGAAACGCUGGAGAGACGUUCUGGCACUCCGGUCCACCAUACUCAAAGCUUAAAUGUGUUUAAACUACUUCAACUUAAUAAUAAAAGUAGGGUGCGAUAUUUGGGAAAAAACAUAAUGAACUAACAGUAGAAUUGGUAAUGUUAGAAGAACUUAUUAGUGGCUGUACUGUGCAGACAGAAGCAGUGUUUCUGUCCACCUCAGUGCCUUCAGAUGACAUACACGUAUGAUGCUACUGUUUUGAGAAUUUAACUUAUAUCAUGGGGAUUCUGUGCUGCGUGUCCCAGUGGAAGUAAGGGAAAAAUGCAUUUUGUUUCAUGGCUUCUGAAGUAUAAGGCUGUUUGCAAAACCAGGUCUCACCCCCCACUGUUCAGUUUGUGCUGGUGCUUUGUUAUACAUUCUGUUGGUGGUUACUCCAGCUGCAGCCUCCUCAGAAGUGGCAGUGUCAUCCUAAAUGGUGUGUAGAAAUACCAGUACAGUCAUACAACACACACCCCCUCCCAGAGCAAAGGACUUAGUUUAUUCUGAGCUUUAUUGGCUGUAUGUCACUUCUGUAGCUGCACAAUUGGCGGCUUCUCAGGAAGGGCUCAGCUUUGGGAGUGAGUGAUGUCAGUUCAGUGCAGUGGCAUAUGUGUACAUUCCAUCUGGCUGAGCAUUGCAUAUUCUCAAUAAUACCAUUUGCCCUUGAGUUAAAAUAUGACCACCUGCUCUGUAGAAUAUUUAAAAUCCCAUGUGCUUGAACAAUAGACUGUUACUUUAACAUUUUGAUUUUAACUAUAGCCACUAGUCCUGUAUAUCUGGAAGAUUUAAAAUCUCCUACUGUCAGAUAAUAAACUGUUGUCCUCCAAUUUUUAAAUUUAAGUAACAGCCACGUCCUGUAGAUCUGAAAGAUUUAAAAUUUUGUAUUAUCAGACAAUAAACUGUUGUCCUCAAAUUUUUAAAUUUAAAUAACAGCCACUAGUCCUGUAGAUCUGAAAGAUUUAAAAUUUUGUAUUAUCAGACAAUAAACUGUUGUCCUCAAAUUUUUAAAUUUAAAUAACAGCCACUAGUCCUGUAGAUCUGAAAGAUUUAAAAUUUUGUAUUAUCAGACAAUAAAGUGUUGUCCUCAGAUUUUUAAAUUUAAAUAUGGGUACUAGCCCUGUCGUUCUGAGAGAUAUAAGAUCCUUUAUUCUGAGACAGAAGACUUACCCUUAAAUUUUUAAAUUUGUAUGUAGAUUUGGAAGAUUUUAAAUCUGUGUCGCUGGACAAUAAAUAUUGGUGUAUCUCAUGAAAUUCGUUUUUGUUUUGUGUGAGCUAUGUUGUGCACAUCUUAUCGUAACUUUUCUUUCUUAGAUAAAUUCUCUGCUUCUUUGGAUGUACACUUAGUUUUUUCAUGAUCUGUUUGAAACUGCUGUUCCUUGUCCACUGAGUGGUUAUGUUGUCACCCAUAAUGAAAUUGUGUUGAAAUAAGCUGCCUGUUUAAUAUACAUAUUUUGUUUUCUGUUACUUUCUUGAAGAUUUCAAGUUUGAAUGAGAAGACAUGUAUUAUAUCUCACUGUAGUUCUUUCAAUAAAUACCAGUGAUGUCCAUAAUUUCUGGGACAGGUGCUGCCAUCUGGUCAAAAACUAACUUCGGGCAUACUGGCUACCAUCGUCACAAACUUUUAGAUUUUAUAGGGGUUUAGAGCUUGGAUGAAAGGUUAUGAGGCUCUUUUCUUCCAGAUGCUACUGCUGCUCUGAUGCUUCUGUCACGUGAUCUGGCAGCUUCCCUGUGCAAGCACAUUCGAGCCUGUCAUGUACUCGUAGUUUACAAAUAUUAAGCUUAGUUAUACUGUUAACAGUUUGAAGGCAUCACCUGACUAGCAUGCAAGAGUGGUCUAAAGGUUUUUGCUCAGUAGUUAUUUGUGCUACAAAUGGGAUUUGUUUGUACAAAAAUUUGUCUCAGUUCAUUUUUUGGUGUGAAAGGAAAAUCAUAUGAAAUCGUGUUGAAGCAACAUUAAUGAAAUUUAAAUUGUGUAAGUUAGUGUAAGCAUGUAUACUGUCAAGCCCAUGAGCAUGGCAGUUAAAAGGCAGGAGAAGUUCUGAGCUUGUGGCCCAUGUUUUCAAAACCAAAUAGUUUUGUGUGCUGAAACAGAAAUUCAGCAGAUUGGGAUGAGCCUCAGAGGCUGCCCCAAACAAAGGACAUCUGCAUUGUGUGUUCUCAGACCGAAUGUAUUUAUUGAGUGGAGUGUGUGUGUAUGAGUCUUAUGACUUAGUGUGUUCUUGUUUUAUGAAAAAAACUUAAAAUUCAUCUAAGUUAUUAAAAAGAAGAAGUAUUAUAUAAAAUUUGGACAACUGUGUGGUUAUAAAAUUUCACUCUGUUCUUCUGAGUUUUACAUGAAAGUAGGAAAAUAUGCAUUUCGGUAUAUAUGGGAGAAGGGGGAGAUCAGUGUUGAGUCUCCGGUGACAGGCAUGCUUGUGGAAAGCUUUUGAUUGCUGACUAAGAAAUUUAGAACUUUUGCAGCAGUACUGCCAACAUGUUUGCCUACACAUAGAAAUGGGGCUUAACAAACCCACUUAUCUGCUUGCCCAGUACAAGUGAAGUGAUCAAGCCUGAUGAAUGGAAGAAUCUUGGAAUUCGUUCAUUAAUAUUCACUCAUAUUCUUGUUUCUUUUUUUUUUAUUUAUUUAUUUAUUUUAUUUUUUUUUAUUUCUUCACAUAUUUUAAACAGUAAAGUUGUACACUGAAUGUUAUAUACGUGUUAUGUAUCCUAAACGUUUGAGGAAUAUAUAAUUUUCAGAAGCCUGGAGUCCACAGUCACUCAUGGAUUGGAUGGUACAGGUGCUGGAUGCAUGCCUUCCAUAAGCUGCAUAUGGCUCAGAAGCCACAGUUUCAACACAUGUUAUGUAAUAUAAGGGACAGUAUUUGUGGACCCCUGUCUGAGUGUUCUAGAAAUGUCUUUGUUUUGUGGUUUAUUGGAUUUUGUUGCCAUUCACUGGUAUAAUAUACAGUUUCUUGAGUUUGGUGUUUAGUUUCUGUGUGUCAGAUACAGUUCAAAUUUUACUUGUUGGUGUGCCCUGAAAAAUAAAUGUAAUGUUGUACCUUGA